AGAAGAAUAGGGCGUCUGAGGUGGUACCCGGAUGACUGGCGGGUCUUCACGACAGUCGUGCUGCGCAAGUCUGGUAAGCCUGACUAUUCAGUGCCUAAGGCUUACCGCCCAAUUGCGCUGGUCAACACAAUGGCCAAGCUCCUGUCGGCGGUUGUCACGGAGCGUACCUCGUCUCUCCUGGAG